AUGGUCAAUUGGUCGUGUGCACUGCAGAGCGUUAUUUCGGACAUUGAGGUCGAUAAGAUUCCAACUGAGGUCGGCAAAUGCUUGAUGUCCCAGACAGCAAAUCAAAGUGAAUACAAGAUUACCCCUGCGCACGACGAGAACGACUACGCUUGUGCCCAGCGACACGCCCUCCAAAUAGUGCCAGUGUUUCAACCUGACGGCACCGUGAUCAACGACUCACUUUUCGGAGAAUUUGUCGGCAAGAGCCGUUGGGAUGCGCGCAGAAUGAUUAUAGACACGCUGAGGGAAUCCAAGGCAUACGUGGGCAAGCGUGAUGCCGAGGCCAGCGUCAUUAGCCGGUGCUCGCGCUCGGGCGACAUUAUCGAGCCCAUGCUCAAGCCGCAAUGGUACGUGAGAUGCAGCAUUAUGGCCCAGAGGGCCGAUGAAAUGGUCCAAACGGGCAACAUUGACUUGAUUCCUGAGCGCCAGCGCGUUAUUUGGCACAACUGGCUUGCAGGGAUUGAGGACUGGUGCGUGUCGCGCCAGCUGUGGUGGGGGCAUCGCAUACCGGUGUACCGCAUCGAGUGGGUCGAUGGAAACAGGCCUGGUGUGUGGGUGGCGGCAAAGAGCGAGCAGCACGCGCGCGAAGAGGCACUCAUGUCGUUGCCAUCAUUGACGGAUACUGUGGAUGCUGUGGGCAUUCGCUCAGUUGUUCAGGACGACGAUGUCCUGGAUACGUGGUUUUCGUCAGGGCUUCUGCCGCUGACUGUCUUUGACCCGGCACGCGGAGCCGGGGCCCUGAGCUCUGUGCUUGAAACAGGUCAGGACAUUCUGUUUUUCUGGGUCGCGCGCAUGGCUAUGCUCUGCACGUACUUUGCACAAAUGCCGCCCUUUUCCACAGUGCUCUUGCACCCAAUGGUGCGCGACUCGCAGGGCCGCAAGAUGUCCAAGUCGCUGGGUAACAUCAUUGACCCGAUGGACGUCAUCCACGGAGCCGAGCUAUCCAAGUUGCAGGAGACACUACAGCGCGGGUAUCUGACCAAGCAGGAGUUGGCUCAGAGCACCAAGGAGCUCAAGCACCUGUACCCCAGUGGUUUCCAGAGAUUUGGUGCUGACGCUUUGAGAUUCACACUCCUCGUGUACACGCAGCAGACCCAGCAGAUUAACAUGAGCCUGGAUAACGUCAAAGCGUCGUACCAUUUCUGCAACAAAAUAUGGAACACCUUCCGCUUUGUCCACAUGCACGCCAACAAGCUGGGAGUUCAGAAAACUGGGGGUUCGUGGUUCGAUGGUAUAGAUCAGAUGUCCAUGUUUGAUCGCGCGCUGGUUUCGAAGCUCUGCGGAAUGUUGUCGAGUUACCAGCAGGCUAUGGGUACUUAUCGACUGGCUGUGGCUGCUGAGCUUGAUCCUGUUGUCGCUGUCAAGAUUCUUCUGGGAUCGUUUGAAAUUGUGCUGCGAGUCUUGCAUCCAUUCAUGCCGUUUUUGACCGAGGAGCUCUGGCAGCGGCAGGAGCGCAUGGGUGCCGAGGAUGACAUGUCAAUAAUGGAGAUUGGUCCUUGGCAUAGUUUCUGCCAUUCGCUCGCUAAAGCAGCAACAUGCUGGGCGCUUGGAUACUGCCCAGCACCCAGACAGCGAGCCGAUCUUUUCAGUGGUAGUGGAGUGGGCGUAGAAGAUGCAGGCGAAGGUCGCAGUGCGACAGAACAGGCGAUGCAAACAGCCACACAGUACAAGGAAUGCGUCGAGAUUAUGAGCAGAGAAACGGGGAUUAUUAUACGCACAAAUGCUGGACCUGACUCUGACUCUGGCCCUGUCUUUUCGGACUCGGGCAAUAAAGGCGAAAAAACAACGUUGCUUUCUAGCGAUAAGAAAUCCGGGUCGGAUCAGAAAGGAAAAUCUGUCGAUAAAUCCGGAUCGACAGUGGCGGCGGUGGGAAAGCUGAAGGCCGAGCUCGAAUCUGUCUACCGCAUAGUCAACAGCGCGGGGUACCAGAAGAAUGCGCCACUCAACGUGAAGGAGUCUGACAGGAAGCGCAUCAAAAUGAUUCAAGCCAAGCUUGCUGUGUUGUUGGCAAAAGCGUGGACUCCUGAAUAA